GUACUUUCAUCAUACAUGAUCACCGUUUCCAUUGGUUUCGGGAAAGGCUUUGUCAUGCAUUUCGUCAACGUAUAAAGAAGACUACUAAGCGUGUGCCGUUUCUUCCCAACCAUCACCAUGUCCUUACCUCCCAGGAAAAUCGGCGAUGCUUUGAUUAAUCCAAUUGGCUUCGGUGCCAUGGGUCUCAGCAGCUACUAUGGGGCAGUAGGCUCCGACGAGGAGCGUUUCAAGAUUCUGGAUGCUGCAUAUGAGAAAGGUUGCAGGCACUGGGACUCUUCCAACAUUUACGGAGACUCUGAGCUGCUCAUUGGAAAAUGGUUCAAACGAACGGGUAGACGAAACGAGAUUUUCCUGACUUCCAAGUUCGGCAUUACCCCCACUGGAAGUCGUGGCGAUCCCGAGUAUGUUAAACAGCAAUGUGCGAAAUCUCUCGAACGCUUUGGGGUUGACUACAUCGAUCUGUACUAUCAACACCGACCCGAUCGUAACGUACCAAUUGAACAUACCGUCACUGCGAUGGCCGAGCUCGUUAAGGAGGGAAAAGUGAAGUAUCUCGGCUUAUCAGAGUGCACAGCCAAGGACCUUCGUCGAGCACAUGCCAUCUAUCCAAUCUCUGCCAUUCAGGUCGAGUAUUCUCCCCUUGUUCUCUAUAUUGAAGACCCGAAACUGGGGAUCUUGCAAACGGCCAGAGAACUGGGUGUCACGGUCGUCGCGUAUUCUCCUUUGGCUAGGGGCGUCAUCACUGGUCAAUACAAGUCUCCCGACGACUUUGAAGAAGGAGAUUUCCGUAGGACCAUUCCCAAGUAUUCCAAGGAGAACUUCCCGAAGAUUCUUAAUCUUGUUGAUCAUUUGAAGGCCAUCGCGUCAAAGCAUAACGCGACUCCUGGUCAGGUCACCCUUGCUUGGAUCCUUGCGCAAGGUGACGAUUUUGUCGUUAUUCCUGGGACGAAGAAGAUCAGGUAUCUGGAAGAAAAUCUGGGAGCGGCUAAGGUUAAGCUCAGCCAAGAGGAAGUCGCUGCCAUUCGUAUACUCGCAGAGGAAAGUGACAUUCCUGGAGAAAGGUAUUCAGCAGCUGGGAUGGGAACUGUGUUGCAGCAAACGCCUGAGUUAUCGAAGUAGCUUUUAUCCGACGAAGCAUCAGACAUAAGAGAUAAAUUUGUAUCAUUACUGUAUAUGUAUCGAAUGGAUGGCAAUAAGUCGUUCCAGAAUCGUGC